AUGAUGGCUUCGCCUACCAGGACAGUAUCGAGUGUGCCCGGCACUCCUCGCUCGCCGCGCACUAUCAAAAGACUUAACGGACUCUACAAGGAGGGUGUCUGGUGUUGCAACUGCGCCGAUCGCCCGCAAGCCGUCCGAUUCCAGGUGAAGAAGGUUGGCAAAAACCACGGAAGAUGGUUCUACACCUGCCAGAAACAGCCUAAAUGUGGCUUCUUCCUGUGGGACGACGAUGCCCAGAUCCGGGCCAAAGCCGUCAUUCUCGCGAAUAACAGAUCAGAGCUCGACCCUAUAUUACAAACCCCGACGAAGCCAAAUGACGAGUUUUCAAAUAUCGGUCUUCUUACCCCUCAAACUGAGAGGCCCCAUACAGAGCGCAAGGCACUUGACACAACACCCCGCACUCAGCUCAAGAUAACUCAAUUCAAGACACCACCCACGAGUGCCAAGGCACGAAUGAUGGCCGAAGACACCGACGAGUUCGGUUGGGAUGACUCCGAUAAUGAAGAAUAUGUCGAAGCGACUUCCAUUAUGACCGAAAACAAUUCGUUCAUGUCGCAACCCAACUUCCACCCAGAGUCGCCGACGAAAGUCCCACGAACGCCGAAGACUUCUUCCCCAGGCAAGCGCAAAUUCGCAGAUUUGCCAUCUGGGCGUUCCUCAAUGAUCGCAGACACGGCUUCAGAAUCACCACCUGCAAGCUUUUCAUCUCGCUUUCCUCCUGCCUCGGCGGAGGUUUGCAUGACGCCUACACCAACAAAAUAUCGCGACGUGCUCAGCUCGGAUUCACGCGCAGAUUCGUGCAGCCUGUCUCAACAUAUCAUGAGCAUCCUGGACCGCCUCGACGUUGUAAUACCCAACAAUGCGCGGGAUGAGAUUAUCGAGUUAGUGAACCGUGAAAAUAAGAAGAACCAGGGCAUUAUUCGCAGCCGUGACAUAUUACGGACCGCAAUCAAGAAGAAGGAUGAAGAAAUUGUUAAAUUGAAGGAGCGCAACACUAACUUGAAGGCGCAGGUUGAACUCCGGAAUAUGGCGAAUAAAAUUCCUUGA